AUAUAUAUAUAUAUAGGGUAUUCCGUAAGUAGAGGGAUAAUAUUUAAAAGGAUUAUAGUAGACACCAAAAUAUACAAAAAAGUUAAUAUAAACAAUUGCCCAAUUACCAGCAGAAAAGUAGGAAAUUCAAGAUUUGUGUUUUUCUUAUGCGUCACGUUUGACUAUUGACUACAUAAAGAGGACUAUUGUGCUAAGGUCCGUUUUAAAAAAAGUAUUUAUUAUUAAAAUAAAUUAUUUGUGAUUUUUUUUUUAUCAUCCUUAAACACCAUAAAUUAUCGAUUUUCGCGCUUCGCUAAUGAACGAGUAUAUAUCGCAAGUUGUAAGCGAUUUUUCAAUAUGUUGAAAUUAAUACUUUCGUAUUUGGGGGCAGCAAUGGGCCAAGAAAACUGAUUUCGAAAACAUCUACAGUUACACAAUGGACUUAAUUUUUUUUCAAUUAUAAUAAUAAAAUUACUUUUAUCACCAUUUAAAUAAUCGAGCUUAUUGAAUGUUCCCAUUGGUGUAUCAUGUAUUGACAUUUCCCCUAACUCGAAGGACUUGGUUAUCUCUGAUAACAUAGAACUAGUUAUCAAAAAUAACAGACUGGACACAAUAAGACCGCUUAUCAGAACUUAGGAAACAAUUGCAGAUUUUGGCAAAAUGUCUCUUUCUCACAGACAUCAUAUCAGUAUUAGUUAUUGAUAACUUCCUUUUCACACCUCUUUCGACUCAUUUCAUCUCUACUACUCCUAAGUAUAUGUACUGCUAUGGUUCUCAGGACAAAUCACUCUUGCAGUUACAUUCUUGUGGUGACACUCUUGUAUUCAACACAUAUAUUUGUAGUAUGAUUUAAUAUAUAAGAUGUGGUAUGUAAUAGUUAUUAUAGAUACACUGUGUACGAUUCGUUAACUGACGAUGUAUUUGCUCCCCCAGAAUGCCAAGAAGAUGCUAUCCAUAAGCAGAGAUGAACUUCCAUUUUGGACCCAAAAAAGAGAUUCCUUGGCUGGAGCCCACCUUCUUUCCAAAUAUCAACACGAUUGGCAAGAUAUCCAUACCCUUACAGAGCAAAACGUAACUCAUGCAAAAGCAAUUGACUUUCAGAUAGAAGAAGUUAAUAGGUGCUUUAAGCUUCAUUGGCAUGCAGUUAAGAGGUUUUCCAGUGAUGUCAAAAAUUUAAACGCUAUUUUAACACAUACAGAAAAAGCCCUAAAUGAAAUUGGUAAUAUCAGAACAUUAAUAGAUGAAGUAUUCUAUCUAAUUGUUGAAGUGGAAGAUUUAAUAGAAGAAAAUAGGCUAACAAAUGCUAUGUCAAAUGCAAAAGACAAAUUAUUAUGUCAUCAUGAAAACAAACUUCUGUCUGUGGAUGCUCUGAAAGAGAAACUAGCUGAAGACUAUAAAAUAAGAUUGAAGGUCAUUGACGAAGAGAAGGACCAACUAAAGAAAAAAAGCUUUCAAAUGGCUGAGAAAAAGUUCCUUGAAGAUAUCAAUGCCUACAAGGAAAGUGGAAUGCUUCCUAAGAGAAAGAAAGCUGAUGAACAACUGUUGAAGAUAGAAGAUAUUGAAAUAGAACAGGAUUUAAGCAUUUUGCAACAAUACUUGGAUGAUUAACCUCUUAGUCUGUGGGUCAGACCCCCUACUGUGCAACCCUCCCCCCCCUCCCUCACAUCCCCAUAAAUUGCAUAUCAUUGUGUUCCUUGUAACUAUUCAUUUAAAAAAAGCCAAUGUUCGCACAAAAAAAAGUGAACACACUACCCCAAACAUGGCGGAUUGACGACUUUGACUUUAGUGAGAUUUUUUUUUAUUGAGAAUCAGCAUUUGGCUUAAUUUCGUCAUAGUUGAACUUUUAUUAAAGCUGA